UUUUAUUUCUAUGUUUUGGAGAAGAAGAAGAAAAUAUCUCCCACUAUCCAGCUAGUCGGAGUGGUCUAUCGCUUGCUUUGACCGCUGCUUGUUACUUAUAAUCAUCCCAAACAACUCUUUCUUUUUAUAUUAGAAGAAAUAGCUAUAUGAAGAGUCUCCGGUGUAAAGGGGAAACGGCUCCAACUCACGAUGGAAGACUGCUUGCACACUUCUUCAGAGAACCUGUCUAAGCUGGUCCGCUGGGCCCACAGUCACGGCACCAUCUGUGCUCUCAUCCCGAACCUCAAACACCUGCUUACCGAGGGUUCCCAUGGGAACCUGACCGCCAUGUGGGGGUGCGGCGCGGGCCACGCCUACCACUGGCCCCUCCCCGCCACCUGUAAAACCGGCCAGAAGGAGCGGGGCGGCUGCUUCCAGGACAGCCGAAGCAUCAACUCGGACAGCCUCAGUGUCCAGGGAGGGGCCUCGGCCCGUCAAAGCAGCCCAGGAGAUGAGAGGUUUCUGGGCCGCUCCACCAAGGCCAAGGGAGGUGACAGCAGCCAGACACGGGACUCCUGCGACUUCUCCAACUGCAGCGACGACAACACCGAGGCCGACGACAACACCGAGGCCGACGACAACACCGAGGCGUACAACAACAACCUGUUUGAUAUUGUCUGUGAGUCUUCAGCCACGACGGACGAGGAUGGAGACGUAGACUACGAGCCUCAUCACAGACCCAGGAAGAGGGGUCCCCCGGGGGGCAUGCCCGGCCCCCAGAGACCAGGGUCUGAGGACAGGGGACAGGGGGACAAGUCAGUGAAGAAGAUCAAGCAGGAGACUGCUGAGGACUUUUACACAGUACCUAAAGCCCAGCUAGCAGCAGGGGUAGGUACUGACUCUGGCCUAGCCUCUCACUCAGUCUCCCAGUCCCCAAAACCUAAUAAUUCCCUGUCCCACCAUGCAUUGCCACACAAACCCUUGCAGCUGGAUGCCGACUGUUUGGUUGGUGGUGUGUCGUCGUCUCUGCUGGGCCACUCCUUUCCUCUCAAACCUCUCCGAGGCUCUAUCUCCAGCUCUGUCUCCAAACCUUCCAUGAUGAGCACUAGUUCUCCCAGACAUCAGGACCUGUCUUCGGUGUCGACCCAGGGCCUGAGCACCCUCCCUGGUGCAGGUAGUGAGCUGAUGGAGGACCUGCUGAACCAUGGAGGAUCUGAGGGGCCGUUGGGGAACCUGACUCCUUCCUCUCCCAGUGGGAUGAACCCUAACCUGGACCUCCUGGGAGCAGAGACCAAAGGAGAGGCAACAGACGUAAUCUGGCCCACCUCUUCAAGCCACUGCCUGACCAGCGAACCGGAAGAGGAGAAGCGGCGCGUUGAAGAGUUUGUUGCUAGAAUAGAUCUGGAUCAGCUACAGAGUCUACAGACGGUCAUACACCAGGUUCUGUCUUUCCGUGACAAGAAAAUGGAGAGAGGGGAGGAUUGGAGAACGGAGAGAGGGGAAGAGAGGAGAACGGAGAGAGGACAGGAUUGGAAAACGGAGAGAGGGGAAGAGAGGAGAACGGAGAGAGGACAGGAUUGGAAAACGGAGAGAGGGGAAGAGAGGAGAAUGGAGAGGGGGGAGGAUUGGAGAACGGAGAGAGGGGAAGAGAGGAUAGCGGAGAGAGGGGAGGAUUGGAGAACGGAGAGAGGGGAAGAGAGGAGAGCGGAGAGAAGGCAGUACCAUGAGGAUAGAGCUCCCAGUCAUUAUCCCCAGCCCCACAUUUAUCAACCCAACACCCAUCAACAACAGACCCAGUUCCAGUCCCAUCUUGAGACCCACCAGCCACAGCUUCAACCCCAGCCUGAGCCGACGCGCUGGCGAGGCCGUCACAGGGAGCAGCUGCAGGGCCAGCAGGAGCUCUACCCCGGCUCAGGAGUCCUGCUGUCCUCCCUGCAGCUAGCUGCCAUGUUUCAGGAGGCCAGAGGGAACUGCAUGAGACUCUUUCAUCUCCUAUUCGAGCAUUUCUUCACCGAGGAAGACCUCAUUGGGGCGGUGGCCUUCGGCAGGAGGGGAAAAGUACCCGACGGCAAGAAGAUUCUUGACCGCAGAACGGUGGACGCAAUCAUAGCGUACGUCCUCCACUGCUCUGCCCUGGAUGGCUGGACGUCGGUGGAGUCGUCCAAACUGAAGAAAGCAUGCAUCAAUAAGUGUAGACUGAGGAUGUGUCAGAGGAGAAUUGUUACAUGUCCUGACGACUUUCCGCAGGUCAGGGUCUGAGGAUCCUACCGUUGUGGAGGAAAGGAGGUCAUCGUGUCUGCCUUCUGUUAGACAUGAGACCAUGUCUUUUGUCCCAAAUGGAAUCCUAUUGCCUUCAUAUGGGCUCUGGUCAAAAGUGUAGUGCUCUAUAUUGGGCUCUGGUCAAAAGUAGUGCUCUCUAUAGGGCUCUGGUCAAAAGUAGUGC